AUUGGAGGAACGCUAAGCGGGCCGCUUAAAGGGCCAGACUAAAAUUUGCGCGUCUUCGUAGGCAACUUUCCCGCCUUCAAGCGUUCAAGAUUUGGAAGAUCCUUCUGGCUGACAGUUGCUUUUUUUGGGUUUUGGUAAGGUCCUGGAAGGUUCGGAUUAAAGCUUUUAUUUAUUAUGUUUUGAAGAAACCGAGCAGAUUACGGAGGGUUGUUUGUGCAUAUUGUUGAAAACUCCGAAGUGUAGAGUUUGAUCCGCAUAAAUUGGUCACACUUGUAAUCCCAACAUUUGGGAGGGUGAAACAGCAUUGCCGCGUUUUGAAGGCCAACCCGGGCGACAGGAUAAGACCCUGCCUCAAAAAAAAAAAAAAAAAAAAAAAGAGAAAAUCCCGUAGGGACCACACACUCCUUUAAUUCUAGCACUGGGAAGACUGAGGCAAGUGGAUCUCUGAAAUUGAAGCUAGUCGGUCUACACAGUGAAAUAUCCGGGAAUAAAAUAUUAUAUAGGACUUUGAAGGCGCUAAUAAUAUAAUUAUUAAAUUAUUUCCCUCGGGUCCUUGAUGGGUGAAGACAGGAAAUUGACAAUCUUUAAGAAGUAAGAGUUUUCAAUGAACGAAACAAGGACGACGCUUACCUGGGACAUAUCCUCUCUUUAUCUUUGUAUAAACACAUCACUUUCAACCAGAAAACCUUAAAAGGCUAAAGUAGACAGAAAUCUUCUUUUCCCGUUGUAUUUUAUAUUGAAGCUGUGUUGUCUAGGCAGGUUGGCUUGUUUGCUUUUGCCUCUAAGUUGGUGGUUGUUCAUUUAUUUCCUGAGUAGUUAGGAUUCUCCAUAGGUGUGCCUCUUCACUGGACGUGAAACUUUAUAUUACGAACUCAUCAGCCUAAAAAGUGAUGUUGCUGAGCCGCAGGGGCAGUUCAGCUGUAGAGCGCUUGCCUGUUUUGAGGACGGCUUAGCUUGGAGUAGGGAAUUCUGUGGAGAGUAAGUGUGUUGGGGAGAGAGCUGUUUUCAUUUAUGGCAACUCAAGAUGGUGCUAGGAAAAGGCUUUUCUUAAAAAGUCCCGACUUUAUGAAAGACAGCAUGAGAAAAUCUUAUUUGGUAAUGCCCGUAUUCUGAGGUUUUUAGGGCCCCCCCCCCCCCCCCCCCCCGAGCUAUAGAGUCAUAUGUAUCCCAAUCUAGCCUCUAACUCUCAAAGUAAGAGAAGAGAAUCUGGAAGUUCUGAUCCUCCUGUGUUCGAUUGCUUAGAGCUGAGAUUACAGGUGUGGGUCUCCAUGCUUGGUUUUACGUGAUGCUGGGGAUAGAAUCCAGGGUCUUCGUGCAUUCUAGGUAGACAUUCUACUGAGCUACAUUCCCAAUCUGUGGUUUAGCUUUUGAAGUCCUCUUCUGCCACUGCCCACAAAGGUCUGUUGUAGCCCAGACUGACUGAAUUGCUCCUUGCUACCAUCUCUGUUACACCAGGCCUUUAUCAUCACUGGCCAUCUGCAGGUUUUCUCUACUUAAAAACAGGUGGACUGAGGGUCAGCACUUAGAAACCAAGUAACACGAAAUGCUUACUUUUUUUUUUUUCUUUAACUGCCCUCUUUCGGUGACAGGGGUUCAUAUAAUACAGGUUCCCCUUGAACUGCCUGUAUAGCUGAUGACGAUGACUUUGGAUUCCCGAUCCACCUGCCUCCACCGCCCAAGUCUGGGGUGACAGGUGUGGACCAUCAUGCUUAAUUGCUCCCCCUUAUUACAACUUAAAAAUAUACAGUCGUGGUCAGGAGUGAUUUUUUAGUAGUGAUAUUGCAAGAAAGUGGGCAGAAAUAAAGGCCCACUUUGUGUUUGUGUGCACUCGGGGUGAGUGGGGUGGGUGUGACUCUGUUCUCAUAUGAAGAUCAGAGGACAACAGUGAGAAAUAGCCCUUAUGUAGGCUCUGGGAGUAAAAUAAAGAUACUAGGCUGGGUGGCGAGCACCCUUACCUGCUGCAUCAUCUCCCUUGGUUUUGACAGAGUGUCUCCUGGACCUGGGACUUUGUGUUUAGGUUCGUUUGUUUAGCCACGGAGCCACAGAACUCCACUUGUCUUGCAUCGCCUGUGCUGGGAUUAUAAGCCCAGCUUUUUAAUUUGGAUGCUGGGUCAAACACAGGUCAAAUGCAAGCACCUUACCAACUGUGUCAUUUCUUUCAAGCUCUGCCUAUUGAUUUUUCUGUUGUUUGUCUUCCAGUCCUUAUGGGAUUUAUGAGGGUAUGGCUCUCUUCCAGGGGUCAUGCUGCAAAGCGGCGGUAUUUUUUUUUUUUUAAAGCAAGAUCUCGAGUGUAGUGAGCCAUAUUGGAUUUGGGCCUGGCCGCUUUGUAACUGUAUGGUCACAGUUAAGAAGUCAAGGGAUUGUUGGACAGAGGCCUCUCCCAUGUACUGGAAGAAAAGACCAAGUAGUAAACACCCGGUGUCUCCACUGCAUGACCUCUGCUGAGCCCGGCUGAUGCAUGUGGAACUGACACACCUGGACCACACCUGGGUGGUGGUCAAUUUACUUCUGCCUUUUGCUUCCUCAGCCUUUAUCCUUGAGAUUUAGGCUGGUCUUCUCGGAUUUCUCCCUAAUUAAUUCAGGUCUCGUAGUCACGAGCCAGGGUUUCCCACUGUGCUUCCCAGUUAUUUUCUACCUGGAGACUUGGGUAUAUAAGUGGUGAAUAAAGCUACAGGAGUCUCUCACUCUUCUUUCCUCUCUCUCUCUCUCUCUCUCUCUCUCUCUCUCUCUCUCUCUCUCUCUCUCUCUCUCUCUCUCUCUCUCUCUCUCUCUCUCUUCCUCUUCCUCUCCUGGCUUGACAUGAUAACCUGUGUGUGUGUGCGCGUGUUUCUUUCAUCCCGUAGGCUUUCGCUUUCGGUACUGUGUCGGUGCUGGCGCCGACACUCUAGGAGGCUUAUUAUUAUAGGAGUCAAUGUAAGUGUUGAUUGAGAUCCUGCGUCCCACAUUCCGGAAGGAGAGGUAGUAGGAUUAUGAGGCUAGCUAGGGUGACAGAGAGAUGUAGUUGUAUAAAAGCAAAACAAGACACGGCCCGGAGGAUGGCUCACUAGAUCAGAGCGGUAGCCUUGCGAACGUGAAGCUUGAGCUCGAAUUCGCAACACCCAGUAAAAGCACCUGCAUUGAGGGAAUGGGCACAGGCGGAUCCUUGGAGCUGAAAGGUUAGCCAGUCCUACCGAAAGGUGAGCUGCAGGUUCAGACCUAGAAAAUUCAGAGGGGGAACUAUCGAGGAUACAAAACAAAAAAGGCGCCAAAAACCUUUAUGAACCAGGGAAUCCACAGUUCUUUCCUGCUUGCCGCGGAGGCUCCUCCCUCGGGCCCCGCCCACAUCACGCAGGGCUUCGCCCAAUCCCCGCGCCUCCAGGUUCACUGGGAAGAGCUCAGCUGCUCAGUGGCUGAAAAAUGUCUGGGUUCAUCGCUGUGGCUGAGGAAAAGGCGGGCUCCAAACAGUGUCCCCAGGUGCAGAGAAAAAUUAGGUCUUUUAAGUUUUGAGGAAAAUUUACUACCAACUCCAAAAAUAACGGUGAAUGAAUAUAAAGAAAAUGAAAAUAUUGCAUAUACUUCUCUGAGACCGAUACAGAUUACAACUAGAAGGAAAGCAGCUAAGGUUUAUCUCUACCCGUUUUCGCUCAGCAAUCCCAAGCUAGGCCUGUUUAAGUUGUCCAAAUCCCCGGUUGAGAACAAGUCUAGCAGUGAAAUGGUCCAAAAAAAGACAGAUCAGAAGAAAACUUGUAGAAGGGUUUUAACUUCAAAGAUGAAGGCCUUAUCUUCCAAGGCAGAGUCCUGCCUGCUGAAACCGGCUUUGGAUUCUCAUACUGAAAGUAGCGAGCUGGAACACAAGAGCAUCUCGGAUCCAGUGACUCCUAGUGUGGACAUGGAGAGCAGCGACGAAGACAGCGCACCAGGCCCGGAUGAUUUUUCAGGAUUGUCACCUUAUGAGAGGAAGAGAAUGAAGAACAUCAGAGAAAACGCAAACUUUUUUGCUUCCCUUCAGUUAGCUGAGUCAGCUGCAAGGCUCCGUGGAAUGAUAAAGAAGAACCAGCCACCUGAAUCAAAGAGAAAGAGGCCUAAGAAGAAAGAAAAUGAAGUCGGAUGUCGAAGGUCCAUGCGGUUGUUGAAAGUAGACCCUUUGGGAGUUUCAUUGCCAGCAUCUCUAACACAGCCAACGCUCGUAGAAGAAGAGACUCCUAUGAUACCUCCUGGACCCUUAGAAAUGAUUCCUGAAAACCAAGAUGACUGCAGCGAACUGUUCAAAGCCUCUCUGAAGACAUGGGCAGAGAUGAGUCAGACAAGUAAUGAGAAGACCAAGAAGGGGCUAUCUAGUAUUAAAAGCUACAAAGCCAGUUUAAGUGGUAUGGUCGUCAGCGAAGCCACUAUUCGUAAGGUGACCAAAGGAGCGAUCUCCUCUGUGGCUAUCCAUCCAUCGGGAGUGAGGACCUUGGUAGCAGCUGGGUCCAAGUCUGGACAAGUUGGACUCUGGGAUUUGACCCAGCAGAGUGAAGAUGGGGCGUAUGCCUUCUGUCCUCACAGCCAGCCUGUUAGCUGCCUUUCCUUCUCACCCACCAACCCAGCCCACCUACUGUCCCUGAGCUAUGACGGCACUGUGCGCUGUGGCGAUUUUUCCACGGCUGUGUUUGAAGAGGUGUACAGGAACGAGAGAAAUAGCCUGUCCUCCUUUGACUUCUUGGACGAUGCCUCUACUCUGCUAGUGGGACACUGGAGUGGACAUUUGUCACUGGUGGAUAGAAGGACACCUGGGACUUCUUACGAGAAGUUUAUAAAUUCGUCUUUGGAAAAAAUCAGAACUGUUCAUGUCCACCCGUUAUCCAGACAGUAUUUUAUCACGGCAGGAUUGAGGGACGUUCAUGUUUAUGAUGUCAGGUGCCUGAAGUCCGGGAAAAGCCAGCCUUUGAUCUCCCUGACUGAGCACUCUAAGAGCAUCGCCUCUGCGUACUUCUCCCCCGUUACUGGUAACCGAGUGGUGACCACAUGUGCUGACUGUAAGCUCAGGGUCUUUGACAGCAGCUCCUUAUCUUCCCAGUUUCCUCUCGUCAGCACCAUCAGGCACAACACUAUCACUGGGAGGUGGCUAACAAGGUUCCAAGCUGUGUGGGACCCUAAACAAGAAGAUUGCUUCACAGUUGGUAGCAUGGCCCACCCACGGCGGGUAGAAGUCUUCCAUGAGACGGGGAAGAACGUGCAUUCUUUUGGGGGAGAGUGUCUUGUAUCUGUGUGUUCCCUCAGUGUUAUGCACCCUACACGAUAUAUUCUAGCUGGAGGUAAUUGCAGUGGGAGGUUACAUGUUUUUAUGCACCAAGAAACCUGAGUUAUGGGGUAGGGUCAACAAACUGUUCCAAUUGCUCUGUAGCUAAGGAACCUAGAGACUUGUUGGACUCAACUUCGUGCAUCUGUCUGGUCAUGUGGCAUACUUAGUAAAUAGAGCAUUGCUUUCCCAGGGAGACCUCCAUGCAGAAUGUGCUAAGAUGUUCCAGUGCACUUGUCCGCUUCCAGCACUUCUAAUUAGGCUGUACUUUUCAAAAUUCUAACAUUCUAAAGCUUUCAGUGGUCAUUAUUAACCUUUUGUGGCAUAAUGAGACCAUUUUGAUGCAAUAGUAAUCUGUAGAUCUGUGAUUUACUUAGUUUGGGGUAAAUAUUUAUUUCUCAACACUGGACUAGGUCCUAAAAGGUCAUCUAAUUAUGAAACAUUAUUGAACUGCAGAGACUGUCCCAUGUUUGACAAGUAUUCUGCUGACUCAUACCCCACCUUUGAAACUUAAAUGGUUGUUUUGCUUUGUUCUUGAGACUGGAUCUUGCUAUGUACCCGAGGUUAGCUUUGAACUUAGUCCUUCUGCCUCACUUUUCCAAGUGCUAGGACUGUAGGUAUGUAUUACAUGCCCAGCCAGAACUUAGUUUCAUAAGCUAAGAGCUGUUUUUGAGUCCUUGUAUCUCAGUUCAGUGUUACUUGAAAUCCCAGAAUAGUCACUGGAGAACAGAUGGCUUCUAUGACUCGGGCCCACUUGGAGCUCUGUCCUCUGCCUCUGGGUAGCUCCUGAAAUGGCCCGGGACAGCACUGUGUUUUAACUCACACCAUUAUCUAGGGAAUAACUGUACAGACUGCGCUCCAGACAAGGGGCUUGUAGCUUUUCAUGUGAAAUUAGUAACCCCAGUGUAGUGACAAUUCUGUCACUUUUAAUCCCACAAUACAGGGCUGCUUCAGAUAGUUCACAGCAACUGACUAUGAUUUGCCUCGUGCUCUAACAGGGGCGUGAUUUGUGCCAGCUGCAGACAGUUUCUGCAACUGUGUUAAGUAUGGAACUCUGGGAACUUCUCAGAGGGUGUAUAACUGCUAGGGCCCCGGUAGACAGGGUGGGGUGGUUGGUGGUCAUUCAGGGGCAUUGGUUGUGAUUUAUUAGCACUCAUGCUCAAAGAAGCAAAAGGAAAGAAAUUAAAUUCCGGGACCCCCCCUCCCAUUUCUUUCCUUCCCACCUCUAGCCUUUCUCUCUCACCUAGUGUUGGGAGGUCAAGGGUGGGGGAUGGAUAAAGGGUGGCAAAGAGAACCCACAGAGUAGUAAAGACCAGCUGCAGUCCUAAGGUGGAAUAAAAAAAAAUUGAGCCCCGAGUGUUGGGUGCCACUUCUAUCUGGUCUAAUUUUUUCCCUUUUGUUUCUUCUUUGAUCACAACAAACAAUAACCAACCAACCCUCCUGAACAGCCAAUAACCACUAACCAUCCCUUGUGGGGCCCUCACAUUUAUACACCCUCUGAAAAGUUCCCAGAGUUCCAAACUUCACACAAUCGCAGAAACUGUCUGCAGCCGGCAAAACCACGCCUCUGCUAGAGCAGGAGGCAAAUCGUAGUCAGCUGCUGUGGGUGGUCUGAAGCAGCCCACAUCCCACACCCAGGAUUGAAAGAACAUAUUCUUAUAUUUCUGUGUUGUCUUUAAAGAAACCAAAAACGAUAGAAUUCUUAUCUACUCUAGCACUUGAGUAGAGGCAGGAGAAUCAGGAGUUCAAGGCCAAUGUGGCUCACCUUCCCUUUCCCCAAAUUAAUAAAGCACACAAAGUAAAAUUACAAUAUUUUUAUUUUUUAGAGGGCUUUAAAAUAAAAGUGAGCUUCAUAUGUAUAUAUGUAUAUAUGAUAUAUGUUUAAAUAUAUUUUGCUGAAUCAGUAGCUUGGUAUCACAGUGUAUUCAACAUUUUCCCAUUAUUUGCCAAAGUUACUACUGAAGGACUUAUAAAUACCUUAAGCAGUAUGUUUGGAUUGUAAAGGGGAAUACUCAAUUGUACGUCAGAGAAAUAAAGUGAUACGAAUUUUCGUUGAA